ACAGACGUCAGUCAGCUGAGCGGAGCCAAUAUAGAUUCUGAAAAAAAUAGCCUACCUGCACCGAGGUCACAGUAAAAAUACAUCAAAACAAAGAAAUUUACGUAAUUCUGACCCGCCGUGAGUUGGAUUAUUGAUAAAAUUAUUAUGUGCUGCGUCAAGUAGCGGAAAGAACACGAUCAGAAAUAAUUUAAAUCUCUGAGACAUUGCGUUGGGCAGUUUUUUCGCUUCGAUUCAACAGAAAAUGUGAACAAGUGUGAAGGUCAUUGUUUGUCGCUUUGUUGCCAAUUAUUACUAAUACUAGCCACUGGUGCGAGUGUCUCGCUCGCUCUAGCGGUCGACGUCGGUAGGGUCGCCCGUUUACGUAACACAAUUCACGAACAGCUGUUCCUUGCAACAGUGAAAUCCAAUAGAGUUAUAUUCUUGCGAACGAAACUUGUCAAGCAUCCAGCGACAUGUUGAACGCGUGCACCAUGUCGUUGCGCAGCGCGCGCUCCCUCGAGCGCUGCAUGUCCAGUGUAGUGGAACUUCCCAAGUUCCAGGACUUCGGCGUCAAGAAUGAACCGAUCCUCGGGUACAAACAAGGCAGCAAGGAGCGCACCGAGCUCGCCAACGAGCUGCAGCGCGCCUCCGGAGUCACCGAGGAAGUGCCGAUCGUUAUUGGAGAUGAGAACAUCAGAGAUGGUGAGCCGCGCUUUCAGGUGAUGCCCCAUGAUCACUCCCGUAAAAUCGCCAAGUAUUACUACGCUAGUGAGAGCACAAUCAAGAAGGCCAUUGAUGUGUCGGUCCGGGCCCAAAAAACUUGGGACAAAACACCAUUUGAAGAAAGGGUUCGCAUUUGGAACAAGGCUGCCGACUUGAUGGCAGGAGCGUACCGCCAGUCUCUUAAUGCUGCAACAAUGCUGGGCCAGUCCAAGUCAGUGAUACAGGCUGAGAUAGAUUCGGCAGCAGAGCUCAUUGAUUUUUACCGAUUCAACAUAUUCUUUUUGAAAGAAAAUAGCAAGUAUCAGCCAAUUUCUGAGGACCCCUCGGUGACCCGCAACUCUCUUAGAUUCCGUGGCAUAGAUGGCUUCAUCGCGGCCAUCAGUCCAUUCAACUUUACUGCUAUUGGUGGUAACUUAGCAUACACCCCUGCUCUAAUGGGAAAUGGAGUACUGUGGAAACCAUCAGAUACUGCAGUUCUGUCCAACUGGCGUAUCUUCAACAUUAUGCGAGAAGCUGGACUGCCUCCUGGCAUUGUUAACUUUGUUCCUGCAGAUGGCCCUACUUUUGGACGUACAAUCACAGCUUCUCCCCAUUUGGCAGGAGUAAACUUCACCGGCUCCGUUCCUACAUUUAAUUGGAUUUGGAAUGAAGUAGGUAAAAAUCUGCAAGUGUACCGUAACUACCCCAGAUUAAUUGGAGAAUGUGGAGGCAAGAAUUAUCAUUUCAUUCAUCCAUCAGCAGAUGUGGAAUCAGUUGUAUCGGGAACUAUUCGAUCAGCAUUUGAAUACUGUGGACAAAAAUGCUCUGCAUGCUCCAGAAUGUAUGUUCCUAAAUCUUUGUAUGAACCCAUCAAGGAAGGUUUGCUGCGAGAAAGGGCAAAACUUAAAAUUGGUGACCCAUCCGACUUUAGCAUCUUUACAGGUGCUGUGAUUGAUGACAAAGCAUUUGCUAGAAUAACAGGAUACAUCAAGAACGCUAAAAAUAAUCCCAAGAACACAAUCAUUGGUGGAGGAGACUUUGAUGGCAGCAAGGGGUACUUCGUUCAGCCCACUAUCAUUGUGACAACGGAUCCUCUUGACAAACUGAUGACAGAAGAAAUUUUUGGACCCGUUCUCACUAUUUACGUGUAUGAAGACAAAGACCUGCAGGAAACCCUAUCUCUUGUAGGCUCAUCUACUAAGUUUGCUUUGACAGGAGCUGUGUUUGCCCAAGACAAAGCUUUCCUUAAAACAGCACUGGAAGAACUAAAAUCGACUGCGGGCAACUUCUACCUCAAUGACAAGUCGACAGGCUCUGUUGUGGGCCAGCAGCCAUUCGGAGGCGGCCGAAUGUCGGGAACCAAUGACAAAGCGGGUGGUCCCAUCUAUGUGAUGAGAUGGACCACACCGCAGUCCAUCAAAGAGACCUUCGUCCCACUAAGAGACAUCGACUACCCUUACAUGAGGGAAUAAACACCCGACAUGUGCGGGACUGGUGACGAAAAUUACAAGAUCAUAUCUAAUUAUCCAGUUAUUGGCAGUUGCAUUGGAAACAUCACUUCAUAAAUUUAUGAGUACAAUAAUAGUUAAUUAGUAAAUAGUAUACUAUAAGUUAUUAUAAAUUAUUGUAGUACAUAUUUGCUUGUUUGUCUAGAAUGUUGUGUUGUGUUGGUAGAGAGAUGACAGUAGUCAGUGUGGACACAAUACCAUUGUUUAUCUGGAUUGUAAAGUUAAUUCACUGCUACACUAAAUGUAUAUCUGUCACAGAAAUGUUUACUAUUUCAGUUUAUGAAAUAAGCUAUAAACAUUGUGAGACAAUCUGUUUUUGUACACAAUAAUGUCAAUGUAUGAUUAUCUAACCAUAUUGUCGAAUAUUAUUUCCACUACAACUUGUAACAACAUUUAUUAUUUAAUAAUCUGACACUGACUACUUUCGGAUGUAACGCAGUUGAAAAUUUUAAAAUAAUAUUUAAGUGACGAAGAUGUCAAAAUUAUUAGUAUAAUUGAAACUCGUACCUACAUGCUAAAGUGAUAUGGAUAUGUUAUGUAGAUUGAUUAAUAAAAUGAUAAAUAUUGUUCACCUGCCCCGGCGGUGCAGUGCUGUAGUCGUUUUGUGCCCGUUAUAUUGCAUAGAUUUUCAUUUUGUAUUUAUAUAAGUGGAUAUCACUGCGCUGACCCGCGGCCCGUACCAAUGGUUCAUUCGGACUGGUUUAUGUCAACUCGUUGCGUAUUUGCUUUCCUCUUAUCAUUAAAACGGAAUUCAUAUCUAACGCGGGUACGUUUAUCUAUUUAUAGUUGGUUGGUUAUCGCGCUGCUCUCUGAGUAAUUGACUGCAUUUAUGCUUUUAUUUAUAUACACUAGCAACUGCAAAUGACACAAUGUCUCAUUCGAAAUAGCCUAAGGCAAGAAGUGAGAAGAAAAAUAUGUACUAUCUUAAAAGACAUGUGUCGAUAUAAUUAUAAGUAAAACGUUUGAUUUGACCUCAUAAAUGUGAAGCGACUGGUCGCUCUGUUCUCCUCCGCUCAAGAUGUUCAGUUUUAUAAACACGCUAGAUUCCUUAUCAUUAUAAGGACCUCUUCGGUACCUGUAUGUCUUUACAGAGUUGGGCCUCGUGUUACAUGCUCUUAGAUAAUAAUUACUAAAACAAUAUACCUAUUUUGAUUUAUAUUUCGCUUUUUACACACAUACAUUGUUAUUAACCAUUUUUAUGUUUUACUAAUUUAUUAUGUUCCUGUUUACUGUUGUUAAUCAUUACACUUUAUAGUAACUAUUGGUGUAAAGAUUUAAAUUUAAUUAUAACUAUAUUUCAGCAGUCUA